UACUCAAUAAUAUUUUUUUGUAAAAUAAUUUUAAAAAUAAAUUUUGACAUUUGUUUUAUGUAUUUUAAAUAAUUUUAUAAUUAUUAACUUAAAUAAUAAUAAUACGCGUUAAAUAUUACGGCUGAUAAAUAUUUAAUAUUUAUUUCAGGUGAAUGUUAUUUAUUUUAAAAUAAAUUAUUUACAGACGACCUGAAGAUCUGCAGCGAGAGUCGAUCGUGCGUACGGUAAAUAAUAAAUUUAUUGUUGUUUAAAUAUCCUGAGGCAUGCGCUUCGAUGUUAGAUGCUAGCCGGAAUUGCUGCUAAUAAUUAUAAACAAAAAGUUUUAUAAAAAAAAAAUAUAGUGAUGAGGGGCUCGUUUACUUACUGCGCAAACCGAUAAACUAAAUGAGCAGUAGCGCGCAUGUGGAAUUUGUGUGUUAAUAAUACUAAUAAUAAAUGACAAUUUAAUUACAGACUCGCGGCUAUUUCCUAUCGUGAAGCCUCGUCUCCACGUGUGUCCCCACUGCGGGCAGAUGUACUCGUGGGCCUCGAACCUGAGGAAGCACUUGAAAAUGGGCUGCGGUAAGCUCACCAACACCCACUACUCAUGUCGCUACUGCCCCUACAAGUCCAGAGUUCCCGCCAGUUUCUUCAAGCACCUGCUCUCCGUGCACAACAUCAAGUGAACCUGCCAAUCAACCAGCCUGAAAACCAAAGAUUCGAAAUCAAAAUUCAAAUAUUCAUUUUUUUACCGCUUAUUUAAUGUGUGAAGAGUUUAAACCAAAGAAAAUUUAUAAUUAAAAUGUAACCCUAGCAUUUAGUUAUCAAUAAUUAAAAUUUUUAAAAUUUAUCUAACAUGUAUUUAACUUUGCAAUAAAGUUACAAAUUUAAAUCAAAAUUUGAGCAUCAGACCUCAAUACUAAUACUCAUCUCUAUGUAUUUUAUAUUUAUUUUUAAAUUACCCACUAAAUAAAUAAAUAAUUUACUGAAAUAAUAAUUUUUUUGCUUGCAGAUUUCCUACGUCUUAAUUACCAAUCACGCGCUGGUCAGAUUCAGGUAUCGAGGGCUCUUCGAUUCGAGUGUAUGGUUUGCGGAAAACGUUACCGUAAUAAAAAAAGUCUUCAUAAACACAUUAAUUACGAGUGCGGAGGGCAGAAAAAAUUUAAUUGCUAUUUAUGUUCGCAAAAAUUCACCCAAAAAUACAGCCUUCAACGCCAUUUUAUCAGAGUUCAUAAUCUCACGACGCAAAAUAAUUAAAUUUAUUUAUUUAUGAUACAUUAAUAUUUAUUUUCAUUUGUAUUAAAAGGAAAAUAAUAAAUUUUCACAAAUUGAAUUACUUUUAUUACGAAUAAAUUUUUGUGAAUUCUGUUGUUUCUUUUUUGGUGGCCGUCUGCAUGGUAGAAAUUUACUUACAAUUAAUUUUAAAUAAUUAGUGAGUGUUGGUUAAUUACUUAUUGAACUUAAGCUAAUGAAUGAACAAUGUUUUGUUUCAGAAACUGAAGAUUUUGAGUCACCUGACCACAGAAGUAGUAUUACUAAAUACGGUGUAAUUCUUGUUCAAUUGCCAGACGCGCCAUCUGUUGACAUAACAAUAGACCCAGUGCCGAUACCGAAAUCCGAGCCAGUGAUAGAUCCAUUGAAUAUCUCUCCUGAAGGAGGUUUGCAAGUGCAAGAAUUAAUCGAAAUCGCCGAUGAAGACGAGGAACCAAAAGCAGAAACGCAACCGCAACCACAACCGGAACCGGAGAGUGAAUCGGACCCAGAUGGAGAAAUAGAAGAAAUAAGAUACAAAACAGGAUCAAGAUCACAAACGUCGAAAUUAAUUUGCAAAUUCUGCAACAAAAUAUUCACAGCGAAAAUCCACUUGAGUCGUCACAUGAAACUCUGCUGCGCAUUAGAUACGCGCAGUGAUUCAAAUCAAAUAAUGUUCUCAUGCUAUCUCUGUGCCUUCAAAAGUCACUUGAAUAUAAAUAUUGUCAGACAUAUUAAGAAUGUUCAUGAAAGCAAUGUCAAGUCUCGGUACAAGUGCGAGUUGUGCGGCUACCAUAGUAAUUACAAGUCUCAUGUAAAACGUCAUUUGAAAUCCAUCCAUCAUGCUACUGAAGAUCAUUAUAUUUUUGAAAAUGUUUAAUGCCUACAAAUAUUUCAUUUUUAAAAUAAUUUCUUUAAAACUUUACACCCUUGUUUUACAUUUUAAUACAGUCGAGUCUCGUUAUGAACCCGCAUAAAGGGGUGUAGGGGAAUAUAAUUCUAAGAAUUUGUGUACCCCCACUCUGUCAGCGCAGACGACAGUCGUGAGUUGAACUUCCCCUACUUUUUAAGUGUGUGAGUGUGUACGUGAUUGUUUCCAGUAUCUCGUUAUGAGUCCGUUUGACUUGAGUGUUAUGUUUCUUAUAUGUAAAUAGGACUAAUAUGAUAAAUAAACUCUUAAUUUCUUUUCAUGAAUAUACGGUCUCAUAUCGAGACUCUGAAAUUAAUUUUUUUUUCACGUUGUGGAGGGGGAAGGUCUUCCGUGGAAAUCCUGGUUCACGGACUCAUAACGAGCGGACUCAUAACGAGACUCGACUGUAUAUGACAUUCAAUUAUGCACACAUUUAUAAUUUUACCAGCAAAAAUUUUGAAUUUCGUUUUUACUAUUUCUUCCCCCUACUAUUACAAAACUUGCGCAUGCGCAGUAGAUUUUUUAAAAAUACUUUAUUUUAGGCGAUGUUCUUUGAGUUAGAAGUGAACAAAAUGGUGUUGAGAAGAUUCGCUCACGCAUGCGCAGAUAGCUUCUAUCUCGCUUUAUUUGGGCAUGCGCGUGAGGAAGCGAGACUUUGGAUGACUUCAAACCCAAAAGAACAUAACUCUAGUAAUCUUAGUCGAUUUAAAAAAAAACAUGUAAAGUUUUUCCAGAGUCGCCGUCGGGAAUCGUCGGAAAUUUUCGGCUUUUAAUGUUAAUGUGAACCAAUAGCGUGAGAGUAGACCGAUUUUUAAAGGGUGGGGGUAAAAACCGAAGCAAAUUACUCUCUGGGAAGACUAGAACUAGUAUUUUGCUCCAGAGUUGAUAAAAAUUGCCGCUAGGAGUGGAAAAAAUUUUUAAACCCUUACUGGGACUUCUGUAACUUUAUUUAAGAGUUAAUUGUAUCAUUA